AGAAUUUUUACUUACAAGUUUCCUACCUUCGCAUCAAUAUUUAUGAACGAGCACAUAUUUACACAUCAAGUUAAGUGGGUGUUGAUCAAAUAUUGAGAAUUCUUAUGCAUACAUGAUUGAAUUUUUGGGGAAAAAAUAGAUGUGAAUUGUAUGAAAAUACUUGAACUACCUAAAAAUGUCUAGAAGCUUUUCGAUGCUUUUUUUAUUAUUUUGGGUGAAAUUUGACAAUUUUGAGGAUUUUCAUAUUACUAUGUAAGGCACUCGAUACCAUAAUCCCCUUUGCAUGGCCUUGGAGCUUACUAUUGCACUUCCUACGCCCUUGGAAGGAAGAAAACCAGUGCAAAUUUCACAUUGAAAUAAAAAAUCUUGAAUUUCUGUGCCAAUCAGAUAAGGUUGAGUCAGAUCUCCCCAAAAAAUUUGUUUUUGUGGGUGUCUUGCUAUGAACAAGGGUGUGAAACUGAAGAAUUACAUUUCGAUAAUUUUUGAUCAUUUUUUGAUCAUUUUUGAUCAUUUCUUCAGUACCACACCCUUGGCUAUGAACUAUUGCUCAAAAUGAGAAAAGAAGACACAGAAAAAGGAUGAAAACAGUAACAACAUGACUAGAAUUUCCCUUAAAAAUCUUCGUCUCAAUGGAUACGUCCCUGAUUUGACAAAAUUGUCAGUUCUGCAAACCAAUUUUGGUCAUCAAAAUUUUCAACAAAUUUAAUUCCAGUCAACAGAUAAAAAUAAAACAUUUUCACAUUGUAAUCUACCCAAACACAUACAAAAGCAUGGCAAGAAGUAGAGAAGUCAUUCAGCUGUAUACGGGACAAGCAGGAGUGCAGAUUGCAAGUGCCUGCUGGGAGUUGUAUUGCUUAGAGCACGGCAUACAUGCAGAUGGAACAAUGUGUCAGGACAAUAACAUCGACAAUGAUUCAAAUGCCUUCUUCAGUUCUUGCUAUUGUCAUACAACAAAAACUUUAAAAUGCGUACCACGAGUAAUUAUGGCUGACUUGGAACCAAUACCGAUUGAUGAAAUUCGUACAGGAUGUUACAGAUCGCUCUUUGAUCCAUGUACAUUGAUAACGGGAAAGGAAGAUGCAGCAAGUAAUUACGGACGUGGUUACAAUCAUUUAGGUUGUGAACUUAUCGACAUAACACUAGAGCGAAUACAGAGAGUUGUAGAAUGUUGUGAUUGCAUGCAAGGUUUCAUUUCGUUUCGAUCAAUAGGAGGUGGAACGGGAAGUGGAUUUGGCACAUUAAUACAAGAGAAAAUUGCUGAUGAAUAUGGAAAAAUCAGUCGACAUGAGUUUAAUAUAUUUCCCUCGCCAAAAAUUUCGCCAAUCAUUGUCGAGCCAUACAACGCUUUAUUGGCAACACAUUACAGCAUGGACUAUGCAGACUGCUGCAUUUUGCUGGAUAACGAAGCAAUUUAUGAUGUUUGCGGAUCAAGUUUAGACGUGCCAAAUCCAACAUAUACAAAUUUAAACCGUGUCAUUAGUCAAGUCGUAUCAAGUUGUACAGCAUCGUUUCGCUUCUCGGGUGCGAUAAAUGUUGACAUGGUUGAAUUUCAGACAAAUUUAGUUCCAUACCCGCGUAUACAUUUUCCAUUAUGUACAUACUCGCCGCUCAUACCAAACGGUAAAGGUGCAAUUGCUGAUCUCUCAACGCAACAGAUUACACACUGCUGUUUUCAUCCGAGUUCGCAGCUUGUCAAAUGUGACCCGAGAAAGGGAAAAUACAUUUGUUGUUGUAUGCUUUAUCGUGGCGAUGUGGAACCAACUGAAAUUAAUUUUGCAAUACGAGACAUAAAGUGUAAGAAGGCACUACAGUUUGUUGAAUGGAGUCCGACAGCAUUCAAGAUUGGCAUCAAUUAUCAACCGCCGACGUGUGUUCCGGGCGGUGAUUUGUGUCCUGUCAAUCGAGCUUUCAUCGAUUCGUUGUGCGUGGGAUAGAGUAUAUAGGAAGUAUUGUCGACUAAUUAAAAGGUCUGCAUUUAUACAUCAUUAUGAAUGUGAAGGUAUUGAGAAAUGUGAUUUAAUUGAGGCAUCUGAGAAUGUGCUAGCGCUUAUAAAAGACUACGAGGAGGUUGAAAUUGACUAAAAUCUAUAUUAAAUGGAAUUAUUUUUGUAGGCUUAAAAAGAGGGAAUAUAAUCUUAAUGAAGUUGUGCUAGAUUAAUGAAAUAAAGCUAAUUUAUUGAUAUUUAAU